AAAUAUGCCUCCCCACUUUUUCUUUUCUCCCAAACUCUUCUUCCGUGUUUUCCUUCGCUUUCUCGCCAGCCAAACACCUCAGAAUUCACUUCCCUAACUGUCUUACUAUCUUCUUCCAAAUGAAGCAGCUCAUCCGCCGUCUAUCUCGUGUGGCCGACUCCUCUCAGUACAGCCUCCUGCGCUCCGACUCCCGCUGCUCUCGCCGACCGUUUUCCACUGCUGCUGUCACCAAAUCCUUGGCGCGCCGAUCCACAAACUCCAAGCCUGUUCCCGAAGGCCACGUGCCGGUCUACGUCGGCGACGAGAUGGAGCGUUUCGUCGUUAGUGCUGAGUUGCUGAACCACCCGUUUUUCGUCGGUCUUCUCAACAAGUCGGCUCAGGAGUACGGUUACGAACAAAAAGGAGUCCUUCAUAUUCCGUGUCACGUGCUCGUCUUCGAGCGAGUCUUGGAAGCUCUUCGUCUUGGUUUGGAGUCACGUGACCUCCAGGAUCUGAUCGGCUGCACCUCCGAUGAAUUUUUCUAGAGGUUUUUUUUUUUUCAGGGAGAUCUUGAUACAGAUAUAAUAUCUAUAUGAAUAUAUAAAUAUAGUGUCAAAACGAGAUCGCUGCGGGGGAUUUUCCUUGUAAAUAUAUCCUUUUUUGCGGUCUUUCCGAGGAAAUUUUCAGGGCUUGUUGUUGAAGGUAUGUAAAGGAAAAUGCAAACCAUGAAAAAGAACUUGACGAUUUUGCCCU